AGGCACAGCCCAAAAAAAAAAAAAAAAAAGUAAAAAACCAAACAAGUCAAGAACUGAGCGUAAAAAAGAGUCAAAAUAUAUAAAGAUCGUUUGGUCUCUUUGAGUUCUUGUUUUUCUUUUUUUUCAAACCAGUUCUCUCCUACACAAUUAUCUGUCUCUCUCAGGAAGCUUCAAUUGUGAAGGGAUUGAGGGCCAAAUGAGUGGGUGUUAUUCAAUACCCAGAAUUUUUUUGGCCUGAAUUUGAUCUGGGGAGGUGAAAUUUUGGUGAUUUUGAUCGUUUUCUUGACUCUGAUGUGGAUUUCUUCAGCUGGGUAUGAAUCAAAAUUCGUUCUUGUUGCUUGUAAUUCCUGGGGGUUUAGGUUGUUUUUGAGGUUUUAGUUGAUCAAAGAAUUUAAUUUUGUUAAUUCUUUAUCGGGGCUAGAAUAAGAUCCAUGUGAAUCAGUGCUUUGUACUUGUUUCUUUAUCAUCUUUAGAUUGAGAUUGGUGCAAUUCACUGAAUUUUCCUGCAUGCUCAAAGUACUGCCUUUGUAUCUUCUUUCUAGGACUCUGUUUGGGAUUGAAUUGUUUGUGGUUUGCCAUAAAGUCUGGUUCUUGAUUCUGUGUCCUUUUUAUUGCUCAGUUUUCAAUAAAGAUAGCUUUGAAUUUCAAUGGCAAAUCCACCACCACCUUCACUUGGAUACUCUGUUUCUAUCACUCCCUCAAACCCGGACAUAUCGAAUCCUCACAGUGAGAGAAAUCCAAUUCUUCCUCCUCCUCCUCCUCCACCAUCGAAUUCCCCUACACCGCCCAGAUUUCCUCCACCAAAGUUACAACAAGAUCAGAUUCCUUCGUCUUCAAUAAAAAGCCCAAAUGUACCAUCUCCGUCCAAUGGUGUCAAAAUGGGAAGUCCCAUUCCUCACUUAAGCACUCCCCCUGGACCCCCUGUCUUCACUUCGCCUGUCCGUCCUGCUGCUGUGCCUUUCCGCUCUUCACCUGCAUCUCCUCAGCCAGUUGCAUUCUCUUCAGCCUCGUCAUUGCCAACAUCUUCACCUCCCCAAUUUUCAAAUGGAUCAGUUGAGUUGCAGCAACAAGUUUCUGAUGAUACACUGGACUUGACGCCAGCUGGGGCUUCAGCAUAUGUUCUAUUUUCAGCUCAUAAGGUAUUGAAGCAAAAGAAGCUAGCAAACGUACCUAGUUUAGGUUUUGGGGCACUUGUUUCUCCUGGCAGGGAGAUUUCAUCAGGUCCUCAAGUAAUACAACAUGAUCCCCAUCGCUGCCAAAGUUGUGGAGCCUAUGUAAAUUUCUACUGCAAAAUAUUAAUUGGCUCAGGCCAGUGGCAGUGUGUAAUAUGCCAUGAACUGAAUGGAAGCCAGGGUGAAUAUAUAGCUCCCAACAAGGAACUUCUUCGUACCUUUCCAGAACUGUCAUCACCUAUGGUUGACUAUAUUCAAACUAGUAACAAUAGACCUGGUUUUAUUCCAGUUUCCGAUUCAAGAAUGUCUGCACCUAUUGUUCUUGUCAUAGAUGAGUGCUUAGAUGAACCGCACCUUCAGCACUUACAGAGCUCCCUACAUGCAUUUGUCGAUUCACUUCACCCGUCAACAAAAUUAGGAAUUGUUUCCUAUGGCCGUACAGUAUCAGUGUAUGAUUUUUCGGAGGAGUCGGUUGCAUCUGCUGAUGUUCUUCCUGGUGACAAAUCACCAACUCAGGAGCAACUGAAAGCAUUGAUUUAUGGAAGUGGCAUAUACUUGUCACAAAUGCAUGCUUCACUACCUGUAGCACACGCCGUAUUCUCAUCAAUGAGACCAUACAAAUUGAACUUUCCAGAAGCUUCUAGAGACCGGUGCUUGGGUACAGCAGUUGAGGUUGCUCUUGCAAUAAUUCAAGGGCCAUCAGCAGAAUUGUCUCGAGGGGUAGUUAAGAGGUCAGGUGGAAAUAGCAGGAUUAUUGUGUGCGCUGGUGGACCUAAUACUUAUGGCCCUGGAUCUGUUCCUCAUUCAUUUAGUCACCCAAAUUAUCCUCAUAUGGAAAAGAUGGCAUUGAAAUGGAUGGAGCAACUAGGUCAGGAGGCUCAUCGACACAAUACAGUGGUUGACAUUCUGUGUGCUGGAACAUGCCCUGUUAGAGUUCCUGUGUUGCAGCCUCUUGCAAAAGCUUCUGGGGGAGUUUUGGUUCUUCAUGAUGACUUUGGAGAAGCCUUUGGCGUAAACUUACAAAGGGCAUCUAGCAGGGCAGUAGGUUCCCAUGGUUUGUUGGAAAUACGGUGUUCUGAUGAUAUUCUUAUAACUCAAGUUGUGGGUCCUGGUGAAGAGGCUCAUUUAGAUACUCAUGAAACUUAUACGAAUGACUCUUCUCUAUAUAUUCAGAUGCUUAGUGUUGAAGAAACGCAGAGCUUCUCAGUCUCCAUGGAAACUAAAAGAGAUAUUAAGAGGGAUUAUGUAUUUUUUCAGUUUGCAGUUCAGUUUUCAAAUAUGUUUCAAGCUGAUAUAUCCAGAGUAAUUACUGUUAGAUUGCCUACUGUGGAUAGUGUUUCAGCAUAUCUUGAGAGUGUUCAAGAUGAAGUGGCAGCAGUUCUUAUUGCCAAGAGGACCCUCUUGCGAGCCAAAAACUCUUCUGAUGCAGUUGAUAUGCGAACAACAAUAGAUGAAAGAGUUAAAGACAUUGCUUUAAAAUUUGGGUCCCAAAUACCAAAGUCAAAGCUUUAUCGGUUCCCCAAAGAGCUCUCUUUAUUACCAGAGCUCUUAUUCCAUCUCAGAAGGGGCCCACUUUUGGGAAGUAUUAUUGGUCAUGAAGAUGAGAGGUCUGUAUUGCGGUAUUUGUUUUUGAAUGCAUCAUUUGACCUUUCACUUCGUAUGGUAGCGCCUCGUUGUCUAAUGCACCGGGAAAAGGGAACUUUUGAAGAGCUGCCCGCUCAUGACCUUGCUAUGCAGUCAGAUGCAGCAGUUGUUCUUGACCAUGGCACAGACGUCUUCAUUUGGUUGGGUGCUGAACUUGCUGCUGACGAAGGAAGAAGUGCAUCUGCUCUGGCAGCUUGCAGAACAUUGGCUGAAGAGAUAACUGAAUUGCGAUUUCCUGCUCCUCGUAUCCUUGCUUUCAAGGAGGGGAGCUCUCAGGCUCGGUAUUUUGUUUCUCGACUCAUACCUGCCCAUAAGGAUCCUCCAUACGAGCAGGAAGCGAGAUUUCCCCAGCUUCGUAGUCUGACAACAGAACAGCGAAUGAAGCUGAAAAGCAAUUUUCUUCACUUUGACGAUCCUAGCUUCUGUGAGUGGAUGCGAAGUUUGAAAUCAGUGCCACCAGAACCAAGCUAAGAAGAAUGGGAGUCUGAAUCGUUUCAUCACCAAUGGGAAACUUUGUCAUGUCCCUUUUUUUAAAAUUUUUUUUCUCACUGUUAAAAUUAAUGUAGUUGGUAAUGGUGAUCAGAUUGAUUACAUCUCAUAUUCUUCGUGUCCACCCCUGGAAUUUUUGAUUUAAAAAAAAAAACAUUUAUAGUUAGAAGAGUUCAAGAUCAUUCUCAUUCAGUUUCUCAAUUGUAAUGCUAAGACAGAGUAAUAAAGAUUUAUUUCUUGAUCCAA